UUAUAAAACUAUGCGCUGUGCAUUUGUCUGGCAUGGAUUGUAGAGAGAUGGAUUUUUAUGAGGACUACCAGUCCCCAUUUGAUUUUGAUGCAGGAGUGAACAAAAACUAUCUCUACUUGUCUCCUAGUGGGAAUUUGUCUCCACCUGGAUCACCUACGCUUCAGAAAUUUGGCAUCAUGAAUCCUCAGUGGUUUCUGACAGUACAUAAUAUAGCACCUUGUUCACAGUUUGAUUUGGCUAGAGUUGAGGUAGAAGAAGAAAUCCUGACUCUUUCUCAGGUGUUAGCAGCAAAAGAGAAGCAUCUAGCAGAGAUCAAGCGGAAACUUGGGAUCAAUUCACUACAGGAACUAAAACAGAACAUUGCCAAAGGGUGGCAAGACGUGACAGCAACAUCUGCCUAUAAGAAGACAUCUGAAACCCUAUCUCAGGCUGGGCAGAAGGCUUCGGCUGCUUUCUCAUCAGUUGGAUCAGUCAUUACCAAAAAACUGGAAGACGUAAAAUUUCAGGCCUUUUCACAUUCCUUUAGUAUACGCUCCAUUCAACAUUCAAUUAGCAUGCCUGCUAUGAGGAACUCCCCAACUUUCAAAUCAUUUGAAGAAAAGGUUGAAAACUUAAAGUCUAAAGUAGGGGGAACCAAGCCAGCUGGUGGUGAUUUUGGAGAAAUCUUGAAUUCGACUGCAAAUGCUAGCGCCACCGCCACGGAGCCUCUUCCAGAACAGACUCAGGAGAGCCUGUGAGAUUCCUACCUUUGUUCUGCUACCCACUGCCAGAUGCUGCAAGCGAGAUCCAAGUACAUCUUGUCAACAUUCAUUGCUAUGAAUUUCUACCAGAUGUGCUUUUAUUUAGCUUUACAUAUUCCUUUGACCAAAUAGUUUGUGGGUUGAGCAAAAUAAAAUAUCUUCACCUCUAUUUCUGGGAAACAGUCUUUACUGCAUACUCAAGUCCCUUCACUUAGGCAGUACCAGUAUAAAAAUGUGUAGGCAUGGGGACUCUCACUCAGAAUGAUCCAAGAAACUGCAAGUUACCAUAACUGCUUUCCUACUUUCAAAAACUGCUCUGUAUUUGGGAUACCAGGUUAAUCAUCUUUGUCUAUGAUAUAAUUUUUCUCUUUUAAUUUCCAGAGAUUUACCUCUUAAUUAAAAUUGCUCCUUAAAAUUUCUGUAUCCUGUGAUUAAAAGUUUUGGCAUAAUUUUCCUUACCUUCAGGGGGUGAAAAAUAUUUUUGAAGAAGCAUUGUUUUAGUCAAAUAUCUUAUAUGUUGGGUGUUUGAAUACAGCAGAGUUAAAUAAAUCAGCUUUAUAUACAGUUUGCUUAUAUACAGUUUGCUUUAGUUUUGUAAGUGACAAUAUGCAGUUAAUUCAAACUCUGAGGUGACAUGAGUGAAACUCUUUCAUCCUUUAUCACUAUCUGUGACAGUUACCAUUUGUGUGUAUUGAUGAUCAUAUACUAUUUAUUUCAACUUAUUUUUUCAUCAGCUUGAAAUUUUAGUUUCAGAGUAAAUUAACAACAUACGAAAUCAAACAUACUGUUAUUAGUAGGGUGAAAUGUGAACAGUCUCAUCAAAUUGUUCAGCUCAAAAGUCUCAAAGUUUCUUGAAUCUACGUAUCUGUAAAAAGCUAAACCCAACCACAUUAGGGCAAACAUGGUUAUCUUCACUUAAUUCAUUUUGCACAAUAGAAAAGUAAGAAGCACACAGAUAUAUGACUAAUAAAACUUGAAAAAUUUUUAUACUGUGGGGUUGUUGAUAACUCCUGAGGAUUUAAUGCAUUUGUUAAAGUCAGCUCAUCAUUUUUUUGUUUUUGGUGUGUUAGCAGUUACAAAGUGAUGCUGUAGACAUUGUCCCCUAUCUUGAAGAUUGGGUGUCAGGGCUGACUGAACCAAAGCCUCCAUGUAGAGGCUCUAUAUUUUAAAAGCUACUUACUCAGCACCACUACUUUUUCCUUAUGCUGUGUAUGGUUAUGGCCUAAAAUAUUGUAUUUGUUAUUUAUCAAGUUGUGACUGUUUUCUUAUUGUGUAUGCCAAAUGUUAAUUGCCAAGCUUGGUGUGACAUAGAGCAUUUUUUUAAAGCAUGACUAGAUUUUCUUCAGGAUAAAUGAUCUUAUGAAAACCAAAUUUGAAAAGCCACAAGUGUUGUUAUAAAAUAACAUGUUGCCAUUCUUGGUUGCUAGAGCUUUUGUUAGCACUUUAGAUGCAACUGAAACUAUGCUUUAUUACAUGUGAAAAGCUGAAUAAAUUCUGUGUAUCAGCA